UAUGAUCAUGGAUCGUUCUUUGAGAUGAACCGGCUCUUUUAGGCGGGUCGUUCAUCUACUUGGAUGUGCAGGGCCAUUGGCCAAUGACGCUCAGCCAAUGCGAGCCAACCGUUAUGGAGAUGCAUGGAAAGUUGAAUAGUGCACGUGGUGAUUUGUGAAGUAGUGUGUUAUAUUUUUUAAUUACUGAAUAGUGAAUUAUAGCAACAUUAUAUUUUGCACUGCAUUUGUAAUUUGUGGUAUACUUUUCAGUUUUUAGUGUUAAAUAGAUACGAAUAGUUUGUUAAAAACGCAUAACGACCAUGACUGGAACGAAGACUAAAACAGAGAAAAAAGCAAAACGCGAAAUUAGUUUAAGUGGAAAGGUAAUAAGACCUUACAGAAAGCGUUAUACUUCCAAAAAAAAGAUAAAAUUGAGAAAGCAAGUUACUGCAGGUAGUGAGAACCAAGAAAUAACUGCAAAUUCAGAGAAGAAAUAUAAGAGGCAGAAAACAGUGCGCAAAUCUAGAAAAGUUGGAAGGAAACGAAUGUGGGCGCCAGUAAUAGCUCCCAAAGUAAAAUUAUCAAGAUCAGAGAGAAAGCUACGAAAAUUAGAAAGCACAGUUGAUCCUGAUGCUAAGACUCUAUCAAGAAAGAAGUUGAGUUAUGCCAUGAGAAAAAGUAAUGUAACGUGGAAAGAUAUUAAAAAGAAUACUGAGUUGAAGACAAAGAAAAAGAAAGAACCAAUUUCUAGUCCACCAGACCCAUUGGAGGAGUAUGUUGGAAAUGAUAAAAGUGACUUGUGUGAAGAUAAGGUCAUGGAGUCUAUCAAGGCACUACUCUUAUUACUAGAGGAUAAUAAAACAAAAUUGUUUAGUGAUGAAGGGAAAGACAUUUACCUUCAAAUUACUAGUUUCAAAGUUCCAUUAACUAGUCCAAGAGAAAUUCGUGUUACUCUACCACAUUCCAUAUUACCAGAAACACCAGAUGUGUGUUUAUUCACUAGUGACUUGCAGAAAGGUAGAAGAAUUGACCAUACGCCCACCGUGGAACAUUUCAAAGAACUUCUCAGGGAGAAAGGUGUCACCCGAAUAUCUGAGGUCAUUACUUUACGUCAAUUGAAAACAGAAUAUGAACAAUACGAGAUGAAGAGGGCACUGUGUAACAGUUUUGAUGUGUUCUUGCUUCCAGUACCUAUUAAAUUGGAUGCUAAAAAUCUGAAAGAACGCGUUGAACAAGCUUUACAUAAAAGUUCAUAUCGAGUACACAACACUGGAUCUCUAUUUGUGCUUAAGGUUGCCCACAAUCUCUUGACACCCAAACAGAUAUGUGAAAAUAUUAUGGCUGCUGCUAAAUCUUUGAAAAAAAAAUUUCCUGGAGGAUGGGAUAAUGUUCUGCAGCUUAUGAUAAAGGGUGCAAAAACAAUUCCAGUUCCAUUCUACUUGUCAACAAAGAAAGAUAGCUUGGUGGCCAAACCAGUAGUAAAACCAUUAAGACCUAAGGCCUUCGUAAAACACACCGGAGAAUUAGAUGGAAUUGGAACAAUUAUUGUUACACCAGGUGGUAAAGUUACGAUUAUUGAGAAGGAAGAACUUGAUGAAAUGGAACGAGAACAAUUGAAGAGAGAACGAGAACUUAGAAAGGAAAGGUUUAAGGCCAAACGAGACAAGAAGAGAGCCAAGGCUGGCAGGUUAAAAGAUGCUGAAGAUGAAUCUGAUUUCGAAUUUACUGUGGAUGAUUUGUAUAGAAGUGACUCUGAAGUUGAAGGAGAGGAUGAGCAGUCUGUUAAGCAAACAAAACGGCGUCGGCUGGAAACAGAAAACGGAUCUGCCAAUGUAGAAGUUGUGCCUGAAUUAACAGAAGGACAUAUGGAUAGCAGUGAUAGUCCACUGACAAAAUCUGGUAUCAACGCAUUGGAGGAAGCAUAUCUGAAAGAUUGGCAGUCAAGACAACCCUUGGAGAAUGGAAAAGAAAAAUCAAAGAAACAUCGCAAUACUUUGACAAAUAAAUUACAAAAUCACGUAUCCAUUUCUGAACGCAUUGGUGGUCCUUGCCAGGAUGAUGGGAGCGGUCGAACGCAAGCAGGGCGCAAAGAAGACGCCUGAAGACGCCAUGUUCUUGUUGUUCUGCUAGAAUUGCUUACAUCGUAGUAGUUUACAGCUUCUGUCGGCUGUACUGAUUGAAAGUGUUAAUAAGCUCUAGAAACGAGUACAUUGAAAUCUUCGUUAGGAAGAGCACAUCCAUAAGCAAGAAUGGGGGAAGAAAAUAAAGGAGAACGAGGAGAGAGGGAAAAGGACAGAGGAGAACGGGACAAGGAUAGGCGGAGAAGAUCACGUUCCAGAGAACACAGGAAGAGGUCGAGGUCUCGCAGCCGUGACAAGAGAUCAAGGUCUCCUGGCAAAAAAGAGAAGAGAUCCAGACGGAGAAAGCCUUCAUUGUAUUGGGAUGUCCCUCCUCCUGGAUUUGAACACAUAACACCUUUACAGUACAAGGCUAUGCAAGCGGCCGGUCAGAUUCCUGCAAAUAUAGUAGCAGAUACGCCCCAAGCAGCUGUACCUGUAGUAGGUUCAACAAUCACCAGACAGGCUCGACGGUUGUAUGUAGGAAACAUCCCAUUUGGUGUCACAGAGGAGGAAAUGAUGGAGUUCUUCAAUCAGCAGAUGCAUUUAUCUGGGUUAGCACAAGCUGCUGGAAACCCUGUUUUGGCUUGCCAAAUAAAUUUGGAUAAGAACUUUGCUUUUCUAGAGUUUCGUUCUAUAGAUGAAACAACACAAGCUAUGGCCUUUGAUGGCAUAAAUUUUAAGGGACAAAGUUUAAAAAUUAGAAGACCUCAUGAUUAUCAACCAAUGCCAGGGAUGUCGGAGAAUCCAUCCGUCAAUGUACCUGCAGGCGUGAUUAGCACCGUAGUCCCAGACUCCCCGCACAAGAUCUUCAUUGGAGGUCUUCCCAACUAUUUGAAUGAAGAUCAGGUGAAAGAACUACUAAUGUCUUUUGGGCAGCUACGAGCGUUCAACUUGGUCAAGGAUUCCGCCACUGGACUAAGCAAGGGUUAUGCCUUCUGUGAAUAUGCUGAUGUGACAAUGACCGAUCAGGUUAGUAAUGCUAUUGCUGGCUUAAAUGGAAUGCAGCUCGGAGACAAAAAGCUUAUUGUUCAAAGAGCUAGUGUCGGAGCUAAGAAUGCCCAGAUAGGACAGCAAGCUCCAGUGCAAAUCCAAGUUCCAGGUCUCACUAUGGUUGGUGGUGCGGGCCCUGCCACUGAGGUGUUAUGCCUCCUCAACAUGGUUACUCCCGAUGAAUUACGAGAUGAGGAAGAAUAUGAAGAUAUUCUGGAAGAUAUUAAAGAAGAAUGUAAUAAGUAUGGAGUUGUUCGUUCUGUCGAAAUUCCUCGCCCAAUAGAAGGUGUUGAUGUACCAGGUUGUGGAAAGGUCUUCGUGGAAUUCAACUCUAUAAUAGAUUGCCAGAAAGCUCAACAGUCUCUCACAGGUCGUAAAUUUAACAAUCGGGUGGUGGUCACUUCAUAUUUUGAUCCAGAUAAGUAUCAUCGUAGAGAAUUCUAAGCAAUCAAAAUUUGUAAACUGCUGAGUGUAUAAUAUGGACUUUAUGGUGGUUGGAGGAAGGAAGGUAAAAUGUGGAAGUCAGAUCUAUGAAUUUGUUUUUUCCAAAUUUGGAAUACGUGGAUCAUUUGAUCUUACAUCAACAUAUUUUGUAAUUGAAAUGUAUAUUAUAAGUAAAUUUAUCACAGAUUGGAAAAGGACAGUAAAGUGAUAAGUUUCACAUUGGUAUUUGUUCAGUUGUAAGCUGAACAUUGUGCAAUUUUGUGGAUUGUUCAGUUCAACAUCCAGUGUACUGGAUCAUUGUUUUCCUUUGUACAUAGUGCAAACAGACUUCAACUUCAUUGGUUCGUGCUGCCAUUAGCUGGAAAUGUCUUUUUUAAGGAUAAAGCAUAAAUUUCCUUUAUACUCAUGACUAUAUGCUUGAACAUAAUGUAUUUAUGUGCAGCAGUUUUAAAUAAAUACAAUAUAAAUUGCUAUGCCCUUGACUUAAUUCUCUUAUCUCUUGCUCCUUUGAAAAGAAAAAGAUGAUUUUAUGUAAUAGAUACCAUUUUGUCAUAAUUCUCUUCAUUCUUUCCAAUAGUUUUGCUAGUUUUGAACUGUAAAAUUUCAUAUGUUUGUAAUGUUACCAACAUGUGGAAUGCCUGGCUUGUGCACAUUUCUAAUGGUGCAAGCAGUUCUUGAAUUGCUAUAAGAAAUACAAAAACUUAGUAUUGUGAACUUAAUCUAAGUAAUUAAUAAUAUUUUUGAAACUAUUUCAUUACCUUCUAGAUUAUUACUGCGUUUUCAUUCUAGUUGUAAUUUAUAUUGGUUUGACAUUGAUUUUUGCUAGGUGUUAUACAGUUCAGUUUGUGGUGAUGGAUCAUACAAUCUACGUGGUUUUGCAUUUGUAUGUGCUGCAAAGCUAGAACUGCAUUUUGCAGCUUUCAAUUGUUGUAUAAUGAAAUUUAAUGUAAAAUUGUAUUUCCUUAAUAUUAUGUAUUUUGAAUUGAAUGUUAAAACGUUGCUUUGACAGUGGUAACAAUAUUAGUAAUAAUAAUUUAUAACAAUUACUUAUGCUAAGUAGCUGUGGUGUUACGACACUGGUUGGCAGUUAUGGAACAGGAAACAUUCCUUCUCAAUUAUUAAGUAUCCAGCUGUGAUCAGGUGGUGAAAAUGUAAAGUAAUAAUGAUAAAAAUGGUAUAAGAAUCUGAAGUUAAAUUUUUUGAGCUUGAGCUGUUGAAUGAUCUGUUUAAUAUCUUAGUGACGUGUAGAAUAAACAUAGUUUUCAUAAUCAACUAAAGACAAAUUGAAAUUCAAUUAACUUAUCGAAAAAUUGUUUAGCUUGAUUCAAAUGGAUUUUGUUGAGUUGCAAAGAAACGUCCACCAUAGUUUUUUACAGUGCAACAUGAAGUCGACAUAAUAAAGUUGUAUAAUUAUAAGAGUUGUCUUCGUUUAGUACAUACAGUAGAGCGUCGAUUAACCAAAUGUCAAUCAUCUGAAACAUCAAGUAUCCGAACACAUAUAUUCUCUGAAUAACUAUUUUUUUAAUUAGGUAUCAUAUAAUAUACAUACUGUAUUAUUUUUCAUUGGUAGUACUGAAUAUUGAGAAAAAUUCCCAAUAUGAUUGACUGUGAUGAAAUAUUAACAAGAUACUGUUCUAUAAUCGUUCUUCUGACUUCAGUGAACUUUGACAAGUCCUACAAUAAAUGCUUAUGAACUCUGGAUGUUCUAUUGGCAGAAAAAUGCUUUUUUGCUAUCUUUAAGUGCUGUUGUAUGCCAG